CAGUUUGUCCCGGCAAAAACUCCAUCGGAGCAACUAACUGAAAUCAUUUGAAAUGCCUAAACUACGCUCCCCAUUUCUAGUACUGCUGCAUACUCACUUCACUCUCCUUCUAAUAUCCAUACCCUUCCAAGUAAAUUCACAAAUCCCAAACACAGAAGAACUAACCAUCCUCCUCAACAUUAAGCAAGAACUGGGAAAUCCACCAUCUCUCAGUUCCUGGAACGCCACGUCAUCACCGUGUGACUGGCCUGAAAUCACCUGCAUAGAAAAUUCGGUCACCAAUAUUUCGUUCCAGAACAAAGCCAUCACCCAAAAAAUCCCACCAACAAUAUGCAACCUGAAAAACUUAACCUAUCUUGACCUUUCCUUGAACAACAUCCCUGGAGAGUUUCCAGAUAUCUUGAACUGCACCAGACUUGAAAUCCUGGACCUCUCUCAGAAUCUUUUCGUGGGUCCGUUACCAAACGAUGUCGACCGCCUUUCGGCUCUCCAAUACAUCAAUUUUGGGGCUAACAACUUUUCUGGCUACAUACCUCCGAGUAUAGGCCGAUUGUCGGAGUUGCAGGUGUUGUAUCUUUAUCAAAAUGAAUUCGACGGCACGUUUCCGAAAGAAAUCGGUAACUUAUCUAAUCUCGUAGUGCUGGGUUUGGCCUUUAAUGAGAAGAUGAAACCUGCAAGUAUUCCAGUCGAAUUUGGAAAGUUAAAGAAGUUGCAGACUCUGUGGAUUAAUGAAGCAAACUUGAUGGGCGAAAUCCCGGAUUCUCUCACCAAUCUUACGAGCCUUGAAACUCUGUCUUUAGCAAUAAACCAGUUGACAGGUCCUAUUCCUAGUGGAUUGUUUUCGUUAAAGAACUUGACAAGCUUGUAUCUCUUCCACAAUAAACUAUCUGGUGAGUUGCCAAACUCGUUUGAAGGUCGGAAUUUGGUUGAGCUUGAUCUUUCGGCGAAUAAUUUGACCGGUUCCAUACCAGAAGACUUAGGGAAGCUACAGAAUCUGCGACUGUUUAAUCUCUUUUCAAAUCAAUUUUCUGGAAAGUUGCCUCCAAGCAUAGGCCUGAUGCCUUCACUGACAGGUUUUCGUCUGUUCGAAAACAAGUUGAGUGGAGUCUUGCCACCAGAAAUAGGCCUCCAUUCAAAGCUUGAAGCAUUUGAGGUGUCAUCUAAUCAAUUCAGUGGUCAACUACCUCAACAUUUAUGUGCUGCAGGUGUUUUGACAGGAGUUGUUGCUUUCUCUAAUAAUCUCAGUGGAGAGGUGCCAAAAUCGCUUGGAAAUUGUAGCUCUUUGCGCACCGUCCAACUUUACGACAACAAGUUCUCCGGUGAGAUUCCUUCGGGCAUUUGGACAACCUUCAAUCUGUCAAGCUUGAUACUGAACAACAAUGCUUUUUCGGGCGAGUUACCUAGCAAAUUGGCAUGGAAUUUGACAAGGUUGGAAAUCAGUGACAACAGAUUUUCAGGUCAAAUUCCUGCUGGAGUUGCUUCUUGGAAAAAUUUGGUUGUUUUUAAGGCAAGCAACAACCUCUUCUCAGGUGAAAUUCCGGUUGAGUUGACUAGUCUUUCUCGUCUCACUACUCUACUACUUGAUCGCAAUCAACUUUCAAGUACACUUCCUUCCCGUAUAAUCUCGUGGCAGACACUUACCACUUUGAAUCUUUCCAGAAAUGAAUUUUCUGGUAAAAUUCCUGCAGCAUUUGGGUCUUUACCUGACCUGCUUUAUUUAGAUCUAUCCGGGAACCAAUUCUCCGGUGAAAUCCCACCUGAAUUCGGUAGGUUGAGGGUUACCAUUCUCAACCUGUCCUCCAACAAACUUUCAGGAAAGAUCCCACCUGAGCUCAAUAACCUUGCAUAUGAAGACAGUUUCUUUAACAACUCCAAUCUUUGCGUCGAUACUCCUAUUCUAAAUCUUCCAAGUUGUAACACCAAACUCCGUGACUCCGGCAAAAUUUCGCCCAAACACCUAGCCUUGGUUUUAACUCUUGUAUUCUUUGUUCUCUUGGUUGCUAUUCUAUUGGGCUUGUUUGUCAUUAGAGACUACCAAAAUAGAAGGCAAAAGCAAGAUCUUGCAACAUGGAAACUCACCUCAUUCCAUAGACUGGACUUCACAGAAUCAAACAUUUUGUCAAAUUUGACAGAAAGUAAUCUGAUCGGAAGUGGGGGCUCAGGACAGGUGUACCGGAUUGCCGUUAACCGUUCAGGUGAAUUUGUUGCUGUGAAGAGGAUCUGGAACAACAGAAAACUGGAUGAAAAGUUGGAAAAAGAAUUUAUUGCAGAAAUUCAAAUAUUGGGCACAAUUCGGCAUUCAAAUAUAGUUAAGUUGUGGUGCUGUAUUUCAAGUGAGAACUCAAAGCUUCUUGUAUAUGAGUACAUGGAAAACCAUAGCCUGGAUAGAUGGCUUCACGCAAGGAAGAGAAGAUCCGCGUCAACAGGGACCAAUUCGGUCCAUCAUGUUGUUCUGGAUUGGCCAACAAGACUUCAGAUUGCCACUGGAGCUGCACAAGGUCUAUGCUAUAUGCACCACGACUGCUCUCCGCAGAUCAUUCACCGAGAUGUUAAGUCUAGCAAUAUCUUGUUAGACUCUGAAUUCAAAGCAAAAAUUGCAGACUUUGGACUGGCUAAGAUGUUGGCUAAGCAGGGAGAGCCUCACACAAUGUCUGCAGUUGCAGGCUCUUUCGGUUAUUUUGCUCCAGAGUAUGCUUACACAAAAAAAGUGAACGAAAAGAUUGAUAUUUAUAGCUUUGGAGUGGUACUGCUGGAGUUGGUGACAGGAAAAGAACCUAACAUCGGAGAUGAGCAUUCAAACCUUGCAGAAUGGGCAUGGAGACACUAUGCAGAAGAAAAGCCUAUCAUGGAUGUUUUUGACCCGGAGAUAAAGGAAUCAGAUUACCUGGAACAAAUGACCAACGUAUUUAAACUAGGACUUAUUUGUACAAGCACCUUGCCAAACGAUAGGCCUUCCAUGAAGGAUGUUUCGGAGAUUCUUCGUCGGUGUAAUCCUGCAGAAGCUUAUGGAGGGAGAAAGACAGAAAGGGAGGUUGAUGCUGCUCCCCUUCUUGGCACUGCUAAUUAUCUUUAUAGUUAUAAGCGUAGUAAGAAGGUAACUGAUGGGGAAGAAAAUGAUAGUCUCGUAUAAAAUUGCAUUAAGAUUUUGAGUGUUGCUUUAGAAGGAGUCCUUAUACCACUUGUAGUUUUUACUCUGCAUUAAGAUUUUGAGUGUUGCUAACUAUCUUUAUAGUUAUAAGCGUAGUAAGAAGGUAACUGAUGGGGAAGAAAAUGAUAGUCCUAAAUAAAAUUGCAUUAAGAUUUUGAGUGUUGCUUUAGAAUGAGUCCUUAUACCACUUCAAGUUUGUAAAAUGGAAUUCCUGUCCACUAGGUUUAGUUCUCGUGUAUAUAUUUCUAGUU